UUCUUUUCCUGGGAAGAAAUACAUUUAUUAAUUUCACACAUAUUAUACAGAUAGUAAUAGACUAACAAAGUAGCUCAGCAAACGCAAAUAAAGAUGGACUGCAAGGCUCCUGGACUUCCUGAAUUUGAAAGUGGCUCAGAGCUGACCCACUGCAGCAUCUCCGCUCUGGAUGACACCUCGAUCGAGGAGCAGAACUCCUCCUCGGAUGUGGAAUUGUCAAAGGCAUUUGAUCAACUGGAGAAUAUGAAGCAGCGGGCGCUAUAUUUGAGAAGUCUCCUUAUUAGCCCCUUGAAGUCGAAUAAAAUCGAUUGUGAUCCAGAGAUGGACCAACUGAAAUUGGAAAUCGAGCUGGGCGGAUCGGAAAAUAGCGAAAUGAGGGAGGUUCAGCAGGAAACCGCUCGGGCUUACCAGCAGAUCAACGAAGUGGGUCGCCGGCUCAAGGACUCCAAGGAAAGUCUGACCAGACUGGACCAGAAGGUCCAGAGAAACAUUCGAUGCGCCAGGAAGCUGGCCAAGCGGAUGCUAGAGGUGCCCAAGUGGCAGGAGGAGCUGAAACACCACACGGGACUGUGCCUGGAGCGGUACAGUGACCUCGACAUUUCGCGGGGCAACUACCUCGAGUACAGUGACAACUAUGUGAGACGCACCCAAACUAACAUGAAGUACAGUUGCGCUUCAAAGGUUCCCAUUGUUUGCUACAAGCGGGACUACACCGACUUGCAGAGCGCCUUGAGUAGGACCCGGAAAUUGCUGCUGCACUGCCAUGACACCCUGGUGAAGCACACCCAGCUUCUGGAGGAAGCCAUGACCUCGGAAAAAGACAAAAAGCUGCUUCCAUCGAUCUCGGAGAUGUCGCUGCUGCUAGAGCAGAACAGCCAGGUGACCAAGCCCAGGAGGUCCAGUGUGAAGGUCCGAAGAUCCUUCAAGUUCGCCUGGGCUGCUCCUCUGCCAAAGCAGGAGAAACACUGGCUGUCCAUCAAGGAUUCCGAAAGUGAUAAUUAAAAGUGCAGCUAACCGCAAAAAUGCCAAUGUUUCUAAUUUGAAGUGCAAUCUAGUUACGCAUUUUUUGGGGGCCAUAAUGCGCCUACUGACAGGCCGAAUAAAACACACAAUGACCAGGCUAAUUGUGCAAAAAUGUUUUGGCAAAUAUUUUGUUAACAAAUUUUGCGGCCAUUUAAGCCACAGAAAUGCAAUUAGCCGUGAACGUAAUUAACCAAACAAAAUGUAAAUGCCAGUGCAGUGGCCA